GCUGGCUUCCUGAAAUGCUUCUCGUCACUGACUGCGUCUUCCGUCGGCCUCUGUCGCGCGAAUCCUUGAAAGGAUUUUUCAUGUAUGAUUAUUAGUAUAAUUAUUCUUUUUGAUUCGGUUAUUUUUCUGUUUGGCGCAGCGCGAGUCCAUGCCGACGAUGAUCAGCAAAGUGAAGAGCGCCAUGUCCACGCUGGUGGGAGGGAUGAUGCCCCACGGCCACCAUCACCACCAUCAUCAUCACGACCAUCACGGCGGCGGCGGCGGCGGCGGCGGCGACGGCCUGCCGCCGCGCUUCCCCUACGGCCGCCCGGACUUCCUGGAGCUCAGCCCGGAGCUGCUGCAGUACUCCACCGAACACGCCUCGCGGCCGGUGCUGACGCUCAAGCGAGGCGGCGGGCUCCCCUGGAACACCGGAUACGCCGAUGACGAGUCCCAGUGCGGGAUGCUCGCCGGCUCACGACACUGCCGCAUCUGCAGCAGGCACUCAAAUCUCCAAUCUGCUGCACCGGCUCCCUCUGGUUCUGCUGUGGUGAUCAACGCCGGCAAGAGCAUGCUGAACGAGGACCAGGCCUCCUGCGAGAAGCUGUUUGUGCGGAAGCCCUGCGGAAAACAGCACAACUCCACUCUGCUGGAGGACAACGGGGAUGGCACAGGGAUACCCCUCUACUUCUGGGGCGUCUUUGAUGGCCACGCCGGCUCCGGUGCUGCCAUCAUGGCCUCCAAGCUGCUCCACCGCCUCAUCCGGGACCGGCUGGGCGAGAUCUUCCACUUGCUGAAGAACCACGGUGGGGCGCCGCCGCCCAUCUGCUUGGCCAAGAACGGCAGCCCGUACCAGGCCGAGAUCAAGAAGGGGGCGGCGCAGGAGUCGGAGGAGCCCGACCCCGUCAGCGAUUCGGCGGUGCGCUAUCACAUGGAGAAGGUCGUCAGUCUGGAGAACCUCGUGAUGGGCGUCAUUGAGACCGCAUUCAAGCAGAUGGAUGACCUGAUUGAAAAGGAGAAAGCGUCGUACGCCAUCUCUGGUGGCUGUUGUGCCUUGGCUGCCAUCCAUCUAAUGGGCAAACUCUAUGUUGCCAAUGCUGGAGAUAGCAGGGCUAUAAUAAUCCGGAAUACAGAAGUUGUUCCCAUGACCAACGAGUUUACACCAGAGUCGGAGAGACAACGACUGCAGUAUCUGGGCUUCCUGAGGCCAGAGCUCCUGGGCAACGAGUUCACACACAUUGAGUUCCCGCGCAGGAUCCAGCACAGCGAGCUGGGCAAGAAGAUGCUGUACCGAGACCACACCAUGAGUGGCUGGGCUUACAAGACAAUCGUUGAAGAUGAUCUGAAAUUUCCGCUCAUAUACGGAGAAGGUAAAAAGGCACGGGUCAUGGCGACCAUCGGAGUGACUCGCGGUUUGGGGGAUCACGACCUGAAGGUGUACAGCUCCAACAUUUACAUCAAGCCGUUCCUCUCGUGCGUUCCCGAGGUGCAAGUCUACGACUUCGACGACACCAAACACGGCCCGGACGACGUCCUCGUCAUGGGCACGGACGGACUGUGGGACGUAACCACGGACAAGGAGGUGGCAGACGCAGUCUCGGCGUAUCUGGCGUGUUGCGACCCCUCGGACCCCAUGAGGUACACACUGGCGGCACAGGACCUGCUGAUGCGCUCCCGAGGAGUUCUGAAGGAGCGCGGCUGGCGGCUCCCCAACGACAGGCUGGGCUCGGGCGACGACAUCACCGUGUUCGUCGUCCCACUGGCGGGACACGAGGCCGAGACAUGAGGCAUGACUGCUCGCGGCUCAAAACCAAGCUGACCGACUGGCCGGGCCCCCCUCCGCCGGAAGGAGACUCGGGUCUGAGCAGCACCUUCCUCCCCUUCUAGAUUUCCGGACCCUUCAUUUCCCAACUCCGAACAGGAGAUUUUCCAGCGGUGUCCUCUUCCUCAGCGACGGCUGCUAGUGAGAUUUAACCCCCCCCUGCGUGGUACUUCCUGUUUACGUUCAAGGCUGGGCAGCUAGUUUAAAAACUCAGCAUGGACUACUGUGCAUCUUCACACCUCUCCCAAAUGUGAUUCCUUUUUAUAUAAACGCGCCUCUCUGUAGCAUAAAAGAAUGUGUGGAAACCAAAGAGAUGCCUUCGUGGCACCAGGACGGAAUGAAAAGAUCACGACAAAAAAGAAGCAUGGGGUUGAAGUUAAUGGACCUUUUCCUGCGCCACAUAAUCAUCAGUCUGUAUUCUCCUUUGUUGGUGAUGAAGGUAGGACAGCACUUGAAGAAUGUUUGCACAUAUGAUGUCAUUUUUGUUGAUGAAAAAAGAAGAUAUUGUACAUGUAAAGCAUGAAGGCUCACAAUCAUUGCUUUUUGUUGUUUUAGGAGAACAAUGUCUCGGUAUAGUAAGCUGUGAUAAUAUUCACACAUAUGCCUUAUUGAAAGUCGACUAAAGCGUUUGUAUUAUCACACCACACGAGGGAUUUGACCUUAACUGUACCGUAUACCUCUCUGUUUUUGUCAUUAUGGUUGUUAUUUAGAUGUUCCAUAUAUUUUUAAAGAUUACGGAAAAUGUUUUAUUUUUAUCUUUCUUAUUCAUACGUGCUUGUUUAGAAAGGCAGUGUGCGGUAUAUGGGAUAAGGCCGACUGAAAUGUGAAAGAUGUCAUGUUCCUCUUUAGAAAUAAAUCACAAUUUUCCCAGU